UAUAUCCCCAACCCUUCGUCGCCGCCGAUGAAAACUCAAGAAAAACAACUUCCUCUUCCUAUGAGAGAAAGAAUCGGCAACAAAUCCUACUCCUAAAACCAAACGAACCAAUGAAGAAUCCCCAAUUUACCCCUCCGAUUUCUCCCUAUUUCCCUUCUCUGACCUCCUUCAAACCCCUCGUCGGAGCUAACCACACCUCUGCCCGCUUCUGCUCUCGCUAGAACUUUCCGUCCCCUUCCCGAUAUAACCCUAAAUUUAUUCCAAAUAUACCCCUUGCUUUCUGUAAAGUUUUCUCUCUCCUAACAAAGAUUUUUCAUGGAUUCCCCGUCGAAGCCGAGCUCGAUCCGCGCUCAGCUCGUUCGAUUCCUCUUGAUCGGAGUUUUGAUCGUCGCCGUUAGAUUCGUGUACGUCGUCUCCGUCAACGGCGGUUCUUGUAGCUCGUCGGACCUCGCCGCCGCCUCCACCGGACGCGCCGCCUCCUUCAGCGUCUCCGGAGACGCGACGUCAUCAAAUCCGGCGUGGAGGAGCAGGGAGUGGAGGAGAUCCGUUGAUUUCUACUCCUCGAUCUUUCAGGAUUUGAUCGUUGAGGGUUUCCUCGCUCCCUCGUUCAAAUCUCUAUGCGUUGGAACCCUAGAGGGCCAGGAGGUGCUCGCUUUGAAGGAGAUCGGCGUCUCGAACGCCGUCGGAGUCUCGAAGAAGAGAUCGCCGCCUUUGGUCAUGGCCGGUGAUGUGUUGAACUUGAAGUUUGCGAACAAUACCUUUGAUUUCGUUUUUGUUGGCAAGAGCAUCGAUGAUUCUAAUAGGCCAUUGGAUCUAGCAUCGGAGAUAGUGAGGGUAUUGAAGCCCGAAGGGUUUCUUGUGAUUCUCACGGCGUCUGCUGGCGAUUUGUACAGUAUUUACUCUCUUCAAGUUCUGUUCCCUUUCUGUGGUAAGGUUCGAUCUCGUGAAAUCGAAGGCCUGGAUUCGUCGAAAACUCUCAAGGAGGUCGUUUUCCAGAAGGAAGCUAGGGUUCAAGAGGACAGCAGCAGCGAUGGCAAUGGCAAUGGCAAUUCUGUAGAUAAGUGCUCUGUCCCUGAGCACAAGCUCCAGUUGGUUCAGUCUGCUGAGCCUCUGAUUCAAGAGGAACCACUCAAGCCUUGGCUUACUUUGAAAAGGAACAUAAAAAACAUCAAGUAUUUAUCAUCGGUGGCCGAUAUCAGCUUUAAAAGAAGGUACAUUUAUAUUGAUAUCGGUGCUCGGAGCUAUGGAUCGAGUAUUGGGAGUUGGUUCAAGAAGCAGUACCCGAAACAGAAUCAUACGUUUGAAAUUUAUGCUAUUGAGGCUGAUAAGGCAUUCCAUGCUGAGUACUUGACGAAGAAAGGGAUCAAAUUGCUGCCCUAUGCUGCAUGGGUUCGAAAUGAAUCACUCUCUUUUGAGGUUAAUCAUGACAAAGAUCAGAAAGCUGAUGAGAAAGGAGGAAAAGGGAUGGGUCGAAUUCGACCCUCGGGGUUGUCUCUAGAUGGGAAAUCAACAGGGGACUUGCAUGCAAUUCAAGGGUUUGAUUUUGCUGAAUGGUUGAAGAGCACUGUGACAGAGAAGGAUUUUGUGGUGAUGAAGAUGGAUGUUGAGGGGACUGAGUUUGAUCUAAUUCCAAGGUUGUUUGAGACGGGAGCUAUUUGUUUGAUUGAUGAGUUGUUUCUUGAAUGUCAUUAUAAUCGAUGGCAGAGGUGUUGUCCUGGCGAGAGAUCGCCGAAAUACGAGUAUACUUAUGGGCAGUGCUUGGAGCUGUUUACUUCGUUAAGGGACAAUGGAGUUCUCGUUCAUCAGUGGUGGUGAUUGGUAAACCUAUUACAAGCUCACAGAAUUAAAUGAUUAUAUCAUAAUCAUAGUUACAGCUUAUGUAAUAUUCAUUUGUUUUAUCAUAGGAAUAUCUAUUUUUGUUGGAGUGGAGAAAUUUGUAGCUUUGUUUUUUCCCCCCAUAGUGUAUCUGUAUUUCAUCAACAAAUGUGGAAAACCCAAGUUCUUUUCACUUCCAA